UUAAGGCUACGGAUCUGUUCGUUGACUCUCCCAAAAAUGAAGCUCUGGCUGGUUUUAGGCCUGGCCAUUAUGGUAGCCUAUGUGGCGGGUGCUGAUGACACUGAUGCCAACGACGACUAUUACUACGACUACGAUUACGGCAAUGAUAACAGUACCGCCACCUCUGGAACCAGUUCAGUAGAGGAUUACAGUGACGACGGUGACGAUUCAGACGAUGAUGACACUGCAGCCAGCUCGUCGGACAGUUCCGAGGACAGUUCCUCCACUAGUGGUUCCUCACAAUCAACACCCACCAAGGUUAAAAAGGCCAAGAAAAACGCAGCUCGAAGGAAUAAACGGCGCGGGCGCACCACUGCGGCUCCAAGACGCAGCUCCACCGCUGCCCCAAAGCGCAGGAAAGCUGCCGCUGUGGCUGCCAAAAAGAAGAGACCUGUGGCCGCCAAGAAGAACAGCCAUGCUGCCACCAAGAAGCGCAGGCGCAGCGGUUAGUCCACUGAACUCCGUUCCAAACUAUAUAUUGAAUAUAGUAUAUUGAAAAAUAAAAGCAGAAAAAGUGAAAAAAACUUGUCACACUUUUUACAUUCGUUUUUUUAAGAACAAUUAUAAAAAUAGAGGUUUAUCGUAAAAAAAUCUUUAAAAGAUUGUGUUCAAUUGAACUUUAGUGAUUGAA